GCUGUCGCCGUUAGAAAUUUAGAAUAGUAAAUAGUUCGAGUAGUUCGACUUUGAUUUCUGGUUCCAAGUGACGCGGUUCUUCCAUUUUUAUUUAUUUUUGUUAUAGGUGAUACUUAUAUAUGAAUAUGAUCUAUUCUGUGCUUAUAUUCCGUGUCUCUUCGCACGCGGUUUUUAAUGCUUUUUUCUGUACGAACCGAAAAUAUAAAAUGGUGUGGUGUGUGGUACAUUUUGUGUUGGAAAAUACUGUGGAGGUAGUUCCUGUAUUAUGGUACGAAAAAAAGAAUUGUGCUUGGCCAAAAUCGUCCAAAAUUAAAGAAAUAAAAAAAGCAAUAUUUAAUCAAAUACGACCAAAUAAACACAAUUUUUCAUUUUUUGAAGCACGUUGUUUGUGUAGUAACAUCGUCUAUCUGUCAAUCUAUCGCGCCUCCAGUACCAAAAAAACAACUAUAAUACAAAAUUACGCAGUACCUAUUUUUAUAGAUGGAAGAGAAUCACCUAUGAAAGCCAGAACACUAACCGAUGUCAAUAUGUCAGACUAAAUAAAACUGUUUGGUUUUUAAUUCAAAAAGACCCGAGACGGCCGAGACACAGCAAUUGGAAACAUAUUACUAUUAAAAUUAUCUAAAAGAAAGUAAGCUUCCUUGACAUUAAAUCAAGCAAACAAAAUUAUUUGCUUAAUGAUAAAGCACGAGAAGGAUAUUAUAUAUUUUUAAGCUCGUUUGCAUUAUAAACUAAAAUAUUAAUAAAAAUCACUUUUGUGUUAAAAUUUUUUUAAAUUUCAAAUCUUUUUGAUACAGUUAAAAAUGUGUUAGUUUUCUUUUUCUGUUCAUACCUAUU